UGGCAGUUGGUGAGCCAAUAGCAGAAGUCUUGCAUAUGCAUGUUCAAAAGCUAAGCUAUUUGAUCUACCUUUCCCCUCUCUUCCCCUUUCUCUACUUUGCACAACACAGCAGUCUCUCAUUCUGGCAAGAUGUUCAAAAUCAGGACAUUUAUGCAAAAGUUCUGGAUUCUCUUUGAAGUGUGCUUCUUUACAGCUAUUGGUAAAAUCUGCUUGAUCUUAUUUCCAGCUACCGUGAAGAGAUAUAUUUUGAAACAAGGGGGAAAGAGCAGCAUGGCAAGAAACCCCAAUUUCAACUAUGAAAACUGGGGUCCAACUUUCUUCAGUUUCCAGUACUUACUCUUUGUCUUGAAAGUCAGAUGGCAAAGGCUAGAAGACGAAGCGUCUCAAGGCUGCCCUGCUCCUAACACCCCUCUAGUAGAUUUUAGAGGGGAAAUACGUCACAUACUGGACUUCAUGCAAGAAAAGAGGCCUUUGGUCGUGGCAUUUGGAAGUUGUACCUGACCUUCAUUUAUGUUCAAAUUUGGCAAAUUCAAGAAGCUCGUUGAAGACUUCAGAUUUGCAGCAGAUUUCCUUAUAAUCUACAUUGAAGAAGCUCAUGCCUCAGAUGGAUGGGCUUUUAAAAACAAUAUUGCAAUUAAAAGUCAUCAAACCCUCCAAGAUCGUAUCCAGGCUGCACAGGGCCUACUGAAAGAGAACCCCUCGUGUCCAGUGGUUGUAGACACAAUGGAGAACCUAAGCAGUUCCAAGUAUGCAGCUCUACCAGAAAGGCUUUAUGUCCUUCAAAAAGGAAAUAUUGUCUACAAGGGUGGAGUGGGACCCUGGAAUUAUCACCCAGAAGAAGUACGUGAAGUCUUGGAAAAAUUGCUUUAGAACUAUAAAACAGACCUAAUAACAAUCUCAUAUGUGAACAAUACAGUAACGUCAGUCUGUUGAUUAAAGGCUACAUACAUCCAAUGAAGUCAUCCAAU